AAUUCCUCAUUAGUAAAAGUUUUGGGUGCUUCUAGUCUCUUGACUAAAAUAGUCCGUUCUAUAUUAUUUCAUCAUCAUGAUGUCUUAAUGAAUUCAUUUACUGAUUCUACAACCUUGGAUAAUUUUCAUUUGCUAUGUGAACAAGUGUCUAAGGAGGCAAAGGAACUAGCCAAACAGAUAAAGAAAAUUACUAACCAAGGAAAAACAGAUGAGUUGGUGGAAUAUGGUCAGAUUGUUUAUAAUGAAUUAGUGUCUCAUGCAAAUAAUUUGGUGGAAGCAUUAGACCUGUUUGUAAAUUUUGUUCAUCUUCAUCUUCCACAAAAUUAUGAAGGGCCAUCGAAAUUGACUUUAACGUCUUCAGUAAAUGCACAACCAAGCGAACCCUUGACAACUGGUGAAAAAAAACAUAAAAA